GAAGAAAAGAGGCAAUGGUUAGAGGGCGAAGGCCGAGGUGUUCAUAAAAAGCCCUUUCCAAAUGGGAGCUGCAGCCUUGCCCAGUAAUGGAGAGAUUGCAACUGUUACUGUUGCUACUCACCCUCUCGUACUUGGUCUACAGCCAGCAGCUCUUGUCGACAACGUGGCACAUGUUGAUUGGUCUUUGCUCGACCAAAUCCCCGGUGACCGUGGCGGCUCAAUGCCUGUUGCAAUUGAAGAGCUUGAGCAUAUAUUAAAAGAGGUGAAGGCGCAUAAGCUUGCUUCGCCGGAUGAGCUAUCUCCGAUGAAGACGAUGGCGGGUGGCAGUGUAGCGAAUACUAUCAGAGGACUGAGUGCAGGCUUUGGAGUCUCUUGUGGGAUUAUUGGGGCAUGUGGGGAUGAUGAGCAAGGGAAGUUAUUUGUGAGUAAUAUGAGUUUUAAUGGAGUGAAUCUUUCAAGAUUAAGGAUGAAGCAGGGACACACAGCUCAGUGUGUUUGCAUGGUUGAUGAAUUAGGUAAUCGUACUAUGCGACCCUGUCUCUCUAGUGCUGUCAAAGUUCAGGCUGAUGAAUUGACCAAGGAGGAUUUUAAAGGCUCCAAGUGGUUGGUUCUGAGAUAUGCAAUAUUCAAUUUGGAAGUUAUUCAAGCAGCUAUCCGGAAUGCAAAGCAAGAGGGUCUUUUUGUCUCUUUGGAUUUGGCGAGUUUCGAGAUGGUUCGAAACUUUAGAUCACCUCUUCUACAGUUACUGGAGUCAGGGGACAUAGACCUCUGCUUUGCUAACGAGGAUGAAGCAAUGGAGUUGUUGAGGGGCGAACAGACUACUGACCCUGAGGCUGCUGCAGAAUUCUUGGCCAAACAUUGCAACUGGGCUGUUGUGACUUUAGCUGCUGAUGGUUGCAUUGCAAGGCAUGGAAAAGAGAUUGUUCGAGUUCCAGCCAUCGGGGAAGCAAAGGCAACUGAUGCCACUGGAGCAGGAGACCUCUUUGCAGGUGGGUUUUUAUAUGGAUUGAUCAAAGGCCUGUCAUUGGAGGAAUGCUGCCAAGUCGGUGCCUGUAGUGGUGGGUCUGUCAUCCGCUCGCUUGGGGGUGAGGUUACCCCAGAGAAUUGGCAGUGGAUGUAUAAGCAGAUGCAGAUCAAGGACCUCCCUCUUCCUGAUAUUCGCAAUUGAUGUCACACCUAUCAUAGGAUUGAUUCUUUUUUUUCUUUUUUUUCUUCUCUUUCCUCCCUCGUCAAGUACUGUAAUUUCCCACCCUCUAAAAGGACGGAGGCAGCUUUAGUUUCCGUUAGGGCUAAUUUUAUGAUUCCAAGACGAACCAUUUCUCCGUGGAUAACACAGCAUUAAGCAUGUUUCUAAGUUCAAUAAAAUGUUCGUUCAGAUAAA